GGCCUGAAUAGCUAGAAACAAAAGCUAUUACUGGUGGUUUCAUAGCUGUGACGCCUGCUGCUUCUCUCCAGGGCUCUUCUGAAAGUUAGCUGAAUAAUAAAGUACUGGCAAGCUCCUGUUGCAUAAACCCCCACAUCUCCUCUCCUGUCGCUCCCUCCUCCCAAAAUUGCCCUGCAAAGUAAUUCAGUGCUGGGGGAGGGAGUCUAAUGCUGAAAAGUGACUGGCAGAGCCUGUCUAAGAAAAUACCCAGGAACACUAUACUGCUUCUUAUAGUCCAUCCGCUUUCUGGCAAUGUGCUUUCAUGUAGCUUCCUGGGAAAAUACAGAGUGCUCACAACAUCAUUAAGGAGCAGCAGCAGAAGUAGGAGGAAGAAAAAGAGGGGCGGAGGAGGGCUUCACCUAUAUAAAUAAAAAGACCUUUUUGACAGAACAAGUCCUGAUGGUAGUGGGUUGGACCAGGAUGAAGAGCAGCCUGCACAGUUUCCCAGGCUCCAGCCACCUCUGCUCUCAUCAUUGAGGAGUAUGGAUGACACAAUUUCAAGUCAUAACUGCCAGUAAUUGAAUGAACAGUGAGGAGGCCCUGCCAAGGAGAGACGGUGAACGCAGGACGCUUAUCGGAGAGCCACUACUACCUGCUGGACCCCUUGUCCUGCAUCAGCGCCACCCUGCCGAAAACAAGGAGAAAACGGUUAAUAUUGGGGGUGGGGAUGGCAGCAGGGAGUAUCACCACCCUCCCACCACCUCCGGAUGAUGGGGGUAGUUCUCCAUUCCCCCCUGGAAACUUUAAGGAUCCCAAGAGACUGUACUGUAAGAAUGGAGGAUUCUUCCUUAGGAUCAAUUCAGAUGGAAAAGUGGAUGGAUCUCGGGAGAAGGGUGAUUCACAUAUAAAAUUACAGCUUCAAGCCGAAGAACGAGGUGUUGUAUCCAUCAAGGGAAUCAGUGCAAACAGAUACCUUGCAAUGAAAGAUGACGGCCGACUUAUAGCACUGAAAUGUGUAACUGAUGAAUGUUUCUUUUUUGAACGACUAGAAGCAAACAACUACAACACUUACCGGUCUCGCAAAUACAGUGAUUGGUAUGUGGCACUAAAGAGAACUGGGCAGUACAAAAAUGGAUCUCAAACUUCACCAGGACAAAAGGCUAUCCUAUUUCUUCCAAUGUCUGCAAAAAGCUGA